GGGGCGGGAUAUGAUUUAAAAAUCCACAGGAUUCGGUUAGUGUUGACUACUGCACUGAAUACACUGCUGUUCACAUUUGUCACAUCAUCUUGGAUCAGACGCGAUGGCCUCACAGAAUAUGGAUCCCGCUGCUGCCGCUUCAACCGCAGCGCGUAAAGGAAGCGAGACGACCGGAAGUGUGUCUAAAGGCUCGGUCUCCAAAAGACUUCAGCAAGAACUGAUGACACUAAUGAUGUCAGGAGACAAGGGGAUUUCAGCGUUUCCAGAAUCUGACAAUCUGUUCAAAUGGAUCGGAACAAUAGAUGGAGCUCAGGGAACGGUUUAUGAAGGUUUGAGGUAUAAACUUUCACUGGAGUUUCCUAGCGGGUACCCCUACAACGCCCCACGGGUGAAAUUCAUCACGGCUUGUUUCCACCCAAAUGUUGAUGAGAAUGGCUUCAUCUGCCUAGACAUUUUAAAGGACAAGUGGUCUGCGCUUUAUGAUGUCCGCUCUAUAUUACUGUCUAUUCAGAGUCUGCUAGGAGAACCCAACAAUGAUAGUCCAUUGAAUUCCGCUGCUGCAGAAUUAUGGGAUGACCAAGAAGCCUUCAAAGCCCAUUUGCGCGCAACCUACAAGAAUUGACCGUAAAGAUGACAUAUGUGUCCUGUUUUAUCUGUCUCGUGUUCAUAAUAAUGUAAAUUUGAAUUAUGGGUCUGUGUGUGUGUACAUUAUUUCUAUGUUGUGUUAAACUUGCCUGAAUAAAAUGCUGUUUGAAAUUUGA